AACUCUCCGCUAAUCCCCAGUUGCCACCAUGACGUCAUCAAAUUGCCAAGGCGACAAGGCAGCUCCCUGCAACCGAAUUACCGAUCAUUGAACAUUGAACUAACCAGACUAACCCAAGUGACACAUGGCGACGAUAAGUAAAACCAUGCCUUUCGAUAAAAAAUUUUCUUCUUUAAAGAGAAAACGAAAAAAUGAAUACGACGCGAAUGAAGAAGCUAGAUUAGAAAAAAUAGUUUUUGGUGAUCCAAGUGAUGUUGUAAAUAAUUUACUGGAUGAUCAAUCUAUAACAAAAAUAAUAAAUGCAUCCGUUGAUAUUGAAAAUCAAAAAAUAAUAAAAGAUCAUGAGGAUAAUUCAGAUCAAGAUAUUUCAGUUUUAAAUGAUGGGGAAGAUGCCAAGCUGGAGGAAAAGAAAGCAGUAUGGAUAGAUGAUGACGAUUAUAAUUAUAGCAUGGAUAUAGCGCUAAAUGCACAGCAUUGCAAAUUGCCAUCCAAAAGAUUAGAAAAAUUGUAUACAACAUACUUGGAGAAUAGAUACAAGCUGUUUGUGGGUACUCCAAAAUGGGCUGAAUUUGAGAAAAAGGAUAAAUUUGAUGACUUGGAUAAUGAUAUCUUAAAGCAUAGUUGCCAUUUAGAGACACCAAAGGUAAAAAAUCUGCCAAAAAAUAUUAUUGAUAUCAAAGCACUCAAGGCUUUGAAUAAAAGUACUCAUACCGAAGGUCCUAUCAUCACGAGUGUAGAUUUUCACCCACUGUCCACUGUAGCUUUGGUCGCUGGUACAUCAGGCAUCUUGUCACUGUUUCAGGUAGAUGGUCAUACAAAUGAUAAAUUGCAUAGCAUGCAAUUUGAAAAAUACCCAAUUAGCAAAGCAACAUUCAUGAAAGAUGGAACGGAAGUCUUGCUUGGUUCUCAAUAUUAUCCAUAUUGUCAUACAUAUGAUUUAAUGAGCGGCAAAACAUAUAAAUUAUCUUUGCCACAUGGAAUUACAAAUAUGAAACAAUAUGAAGUAUCUCCUGAUGGCAGUUUAAUAGCAUUAUGUGGAAGAUUGGGUGAAAUAUAUUUAUUACAUAAUUCUACUAAAGAACUUAUCAGUACACUCAAAAUGAACUCGAAAUGUAGGGCACUAAUGUUCAGUCCAGAUAAUAGAACGCUUAUCACGCAUGGUAAUGGUAAUGAAAUUUAUGUGUGGGAUCUCAAUACUCGUACAUGUAUUAAUCGUGCCACAGAUGAUGGAUGCAUAUCUUGCGUUUCACUUGCCAUAUCCCCGAGCGGUCAGUUUAUAGCUACGGGUAGCGCUCAAGGUGUGGUUAAUCUUUAUAACACAAAAAAUGUUCUGGAAGAUCAAAGUCCCAUACCAUUAAAAGUAGUGAUGAAUCUUGUAACUAGUGUAACAAGUUUGAAGUUUAAUCCGACUUCCGAGAUAUUAAGUGCGGCAUCAGUUGACAAAUAUAAUGCAUUUAAAAUGUUACAUAUACCUUCGUUUACCGUAUUUUCAAAUUUUCCGACAUUUCAAACUAAAAUAGGUCAACCGCAAAUGAUUAAUUUUUCUCCUAGCAGUGGUUAUCUCAGCAUUGCCAAUACGACAGGUUCUGCUUUGCUAUAUAGAUUAAGACAUUAUGGAAAUUAUUAAUAUAUCAAUAUGUAAUAAGAUUUUUCUAGCGUUUUAUAUAAAAUAUAUAUAUAAUAUGUAUUUUAACUGCUUAUCAUAUAACAUUUUCAAAUA